AUGGAGAAGAUGGCGAAGGAAGGGACUACGGUGCGGAUGGAAAAGUGGUUGCUGUAUUUCGCGUACGACUGCCUUCAUAAGCUCACCUUUGACUUCCACCGCGGCUACCUUGAGACGGGUGAUGACGUUGGAAACUUUAUCAAAGACGCAUAUGGUGGAUUGGUCUACUUUGGCCUGUGCGUCAGCAUGCCUGUUCUCCACCGCUUUCUUAUUGGAAACCCUCUCCUGAAACCCUUCCUCGGUAAGCCGCCCUUCCUCUGGGCCUUCCAACAAGCCUACGCAGCCGUCGCAGCGCGCAAAGCCCAACACGAGGCCGCCCAGACUCUCCCCGGCUCCUCCGACUUCCUCGAUCUCUUUCUCGCCGCCCGCUCCACCUAUCCAGACAUCGUCACAGGCGACGACGUAGUCGUAAACUACCUCUUUCUAAACCUGGUCGCCGGCUCCGACACAACGGGAACCUCAUUGGCCGUCAUCUUGUACUACGUCUACCGCGACCCACGCAUCUUAGCCAAGCUCCGGGCCGAGCUCGCGGCAGCAGGCUACGAUGGUAGCUCCCCGUUGACGUACCGUGACGGCGUUCGUCUGCCCUACCUCGAUGCGGUGGUGCAGGAAGGGUUACGGAUCCACCCACCCAUCGGGCUUACCCUUGAGCGUGUGGUCCCUGCGGGAGGAUGGCAGAUGCCGGACGGCGGUCCGUUGCUCCCCAGUGGUACUAAAGUGGGGAUGAAUGCGUGGGUAAGUAACCGAGACGAGAGUGUAUUUGGGCCGGAGGACGUGGAUGGGUUCGUGCCCGAGCGGUGGAUGAAGAGAGCUGGAGAGACGGAGAAGGAAGGGGGGGAGAGAAUUGCACGGAUGAAGAAACUGAUGUUAACGUUUGGAUAUGGGAGUCGGGUUUGCACGGGGAAGAGCGUCGCGUUGCUGGAGUUGGUGAAGGUGGUGGGCACGUUUGUAGGCAGAUAUGACGUUGAAUUUCUUAGCUCUGAGUGGAAGACGGAGAAUAUUUGGUUUGUAUUUCCCUCGGGAUUUAAUGUUAAAGUAUCGCUGAGGGACGGGGUGGGCGAUUUGGGAAGUCUUGAUGAAAGUUGA